AUGGAUUUUCCUCAUCAAGGUGUCCACAUCACCUCUGCGAGUUCUGGUGUGAAGCUGGAAAUGCCCGAGAGUCCACAGAUGAAAGAGGAGCCAGAGGAACAUGGCAUCAAACAGGAGGAAGAUGAGCAGCAAAUAGCUGUGGGUGUGAAGGUAGAAGAAUCCUGUCUGCUCCAGGAAAUCCCAGAAAGUCCUCAGACUAAAGAGGAGCCAGAGGAACAGAGGAUCAAACAGGAGGAGCAGCUUCCUGUCUGUGUGAAGACAGAAGAGUCAUCACUGCUUCAACAAAGACAAAGUGAGCUCAGAGAGGAAACACAGGGAGAGUACAUGAGCUCAGAGACGGAGGGAGACACGGAGCACUCCUCUGACUAUGAGGAUGAAGAAGAGGCACAUCUUCAUCACCCUCUGUCUUCAGGCACAGAUGAAGGAGAUGAUGAUCGCCAAGUUCUGAUCAGGGCCGUAGACACAGCUGCUUACGCAGGAGACAAACCUUACAGCUGCUCAGAUUUCAACAAAAACGUGCUCUUGACAAACACACGAUACACUCAGAGAAACCUUACAGCUGAUCAGUCUGACUCGGUUUGA